UUAUAUUUAUAUACUUUGCUGUAUAUUGGUAAAAUUAUCAUCAGUUUUUAUUCACCAAUUGACAAAUUAUGAGGAUGAAGACUUUAUUUGUGCUAGUGUUCCUGGUUCUAUGUUUUGUUGCUCUAACCUCAGGAAAGAAAUUCCUAAUACAAACCCGGGAUUCCCAGCCACCUUCUCCUCCACAUAUGAUGAAACCUGGGGAUGGAACUGGGAAUGGAACUGGAAGUGAAACUGGGAAUGGAACCGGGAAUGGAAUCGGGAAUGGAACUGGGAAUGGAACCGGGAAUGGAACCGGGGAUGAAACUACAGGAGAAGAUUACUUCUUUUAUGGUGGCUAUGGUGGGGGCUGGUGGGGAUUGGUGGGGUUAGGGGGAUUGUUGUUAUUAGGAAAAUAAUAUGAUAAUAACAUC